AUGGAAAUAGGACCAGGUGCAGGAAAAGGAACCUAAUGUGCAAAAUUAGUUUAAGAUAAAGGAUAUAUACAUCUAUCAGCUGGAGAUUUGUUAAGAGAAGAGAGGUAAAAUCCAAAUAGUUAAUAAGGUGAAUUAAUUGAAAGUUAUAUAAAAGAAGGAAAAAUAGUUCCUAGUGAAAUCACAGUGGCUUUACUAAAAUUAGCAAUGGAAAAAAACGGAUGGAGCAAAUAAUUCCUUAUUGAUGGUUUCCCAAGAAAUUUUGAGAAUUUAGAAAAAUGGAAUUUAAAAAUGGGUAAUAUAACCGAAUUCUAAUGUGUUUUAUUUUUAGAUUGUAAUGAAGAAACCAUGAUUUAAAGAAUUUUAAAAAGAUCAGAAAACUCAGGGAGAAGUGAUGACAAUAUUGAUUCAUUAAAAAAAAGAUUAAAAACUUACGAAGAGUCAACAAAACUUAUAAUUGAAUAUUAUUAAUAAUAAGGAAAGAUUAUUUAUGUAAAUGCAGAAUAGACUUCACUUGAUGUAUCCAAAGAAAUAUAUUAAAAACUACAAUUAUGA